UCGUCCCGUCUCGUCCGAAUGCCGGUUCUAUUUUGUUUUGUUGAUAAUGUCGUCCAGCUUGCAGUCAAAUGAAGUGGAAGCCAACCCGGCCCCCGAUCCCCAGGCGCCCAUCACACGCAAGGGAUUUCUUAUAUCGCUGAAGAACAGUGGAACCCCCAUGCCGAUACCAGAACAGAAUGUGUAUGGACGCUGCCGACCGGUGGCCGAGUUCGAGAAGCUAAACCGUGUGGGAGAAGGCAGCUAUGGCAUUGUUUACCGAGCUCGUGACACUCGCCACAACGAAAUUGUGGCCCUGAAGAAGGUGCGCAUGGACCAGGAAAAGGACGGCCUGCCGGUGAGCGGUUUGCGGGAAAUAAUGAUACUCAAGCAACUGAAGCACGAGAACAUUGUUCGGCUGCGGGAGGUUGUUGUGGGAAAGAGCCUGGACAGUAUAUUCCUGGUCAUGGAUUUCUGCGAGCAAGACCUGGCCUCUGUGCUGGACAACAUGGCCCAGCCGUUUACCGAGUCCGAGGUCAAGUGCAUUACGUUGCAGGUACUUCGCGCCCUAAAGUAUAUCCACGAUCGGUAUAUAAUUCAUCGCGAUUUGAAAGUUUCCAACUUGCUGAUGACGGACGAUGGGUGCAUCAAGUUGGCUGACUUUGGCUUGGCGCGUAUGUACAGCAAUCCCCCCAAGCCAAUGACCCCGCAAAUGGUGACGCUUUGGUAUCGUGCUCCGGAGCUACUGCUCGGAUGCAAAACACACACCACAGCCGUGGACAUGUGGUCGUUUGGGUGCAUACUCGGCGAGCUGCUGCUGGGAAAACCGAUGCUGCCCGGGAGCUCCGAGAUUGCCCAGCUAGAUAUGAUAAUUGAUUUGCUGGGUGCGCCAUCAGAGUCCAUUUGGCCGGGUUUCUCAGAGCUGCCGGCCGUGCAGAACUUCACAUUGAGCCAGCAGCCGUACAACAAUCUGAAAUCCAAAUUCAAUGCAAUCGCCCAGGCGGGCAGAAAUCUCCUCAACAUUUUAUUCAUCUACAACCCCAACACACGAGCCACCGCCGAGGAGUGUUUGAACAGCAAGUACUUCAUUGAUCCGCCACAGGCCUGUGACCCACGCAUGAUGCCCACAUUUCCCCAGCAUCGCAACAAUGCAGCCUCCCAGCAGCAGCAGCCGGCCCCGGCGUCGACAGACAUUCCCAUUUCGGAUUUGUUAAAUGUAUUCAUAAAGAGACAGCGCAUGGAUUAAAACGUAAACGAA